AUGAGCAACCCAAAAGACUCAAUGAAAUCAACCUGGCGAACAGACAAAACCCAAUGGGGCAUCCCCCACAAAAUCCUCAACCACGCCAACGUCUUCCACGAAGACCUAACCCGCCCGAUCCCCGUCCACGCAAAAACCGACAAACUCCCCCAUCUCCCAGACUGGCAAUCACACCGCUGGAUCCUAAUCCACGCCAGCAUCCCACUAGCCAUACACCAACUCUGGCUACACUUCACCAAUACCCCGUUCCACCCAAUAAUAGCAUUUAUAUUCUACUACCAAGCAUCUCGAUUCUUCGCAUUCCGCCAAUUACGCUCGAUGCGCGAAUUGGGGCAUCAAUACGGGUAUCUUGAUGGUGAUAAACACGCCCGUGAUGGGGUUCCAGACGUGGGGGUUGGCAAAACGCUCUUAUCAAUCUUUCAAAUCCCCUCCUAUCACUCCUUCAACAUCCAGUCCGACUUUUCUUCGAAAUAUCACUAUACAGCAUUGCAGUCGACUUCUGGUUCUACUGGUAUCACCGACUAA